CCCACACCCUUCACCCUCUCCUGCACCCUUUCUGUCCCCGCCCCAAGCUCCCCGCCCCUCUCCCGGUGCCCCCUCCACGACUCCGCGCGUCCCUCCCGGUGCCCUCUCCCCGCGCCCCUCCGCCUCUCCCGGCUGCGCCUCAGCUCCCUGUGCUCUUUGCGCCUCUCCGCUGGGCCCCCAGCCUCCUCGUCGCGUCACCCGCGCCCCCUCCUGUAUCCUCAGCCCCCGCUCCCUCCGCCCUGCUUCCCUCUCUCACUUCCCACGCCCCCUCUUCGCUCUCCUCUUUCCUCCCUUUGCCGCCCAGCCCCGGCUCCGGAGUUGGGGGAGAGCCCAGGGUUUCGGUUGCUCCGGAGGAGGCGUGAAUCGCGCAGGGAUUUACUAAUUUGGGGUGGAGGGCGCGGUGGGCUAUGGAGCAGCCCGAGGACAUGGCGUCACUGAGCGAGUUCGACUCCUUGGCGGGCAGCAUCCCGGCCACCAAGGUGGAGAUCACCGUGUCCUGCAGGAACCUUUUGGACAAAGACAUGUUCUCCAAGUCUGACCCAUUAUGCGUCAUGUAUACUCAAGGGAUGGAGAACAAGCAGUGGCGGGAGUUUGGACGCACUGAAGUCAUCGACAACACACUCAAUCCUGACUUUGUGCGCAAAUUCAUUGUGGAUUACUUCUUCGAGGAGAAGCAGAACCUCCGUUUUGACCUAUAUGAUGUUGACUCCAAGAGUCCUGAUUUAUCCAAACACGAUUUUCUGGGCCAGGCCUUCUGCACCCUCGGAGAGAUUGUGGGGUCCCCUGGGAGCCGCCUGGAGAAGUCCCUCACAAUAGGAGCAUUCAGCCUGAAUUCCAGGACAGGCAAACCCAUGCCAGCUGUAUCCAACGGUGGUGUCCCAGGGAAGAAAUGUGGCACCAUCAUUCUGUCCGCUGAGGAGCUCAGCAACUGCAGGGAUGUCGCCACAAUGCAGUUCUGUGCCAACAAGCUGGACAAAAAGGAUUUCUUUGGGAAGUCUGACCCCUUCUUGGUGUUCUACAGAAGCAACGAGGAUGGAACGUUCACCAUCUGCCACAAGACUGAGGUCAUGAAGAACACCCUAAACCCAGUCUGGCAAACUUUCUCCAUUCCUGUGAGAGCCCUCUGCAAUGGGGACUAUGAUCGGACCAUCAAGGUGGAGGUAUACGACUGGGAUCGAGAUGGCAGCCAUGACUUCAUUGGGGAGUUCACCACCAGCUACCGGGAGCUGGCCCGCGGGCAGAGCCAAUUCAACAUCUAUGAGGUGGUAAACCCGAAAAAGAAAAUGAAGAAAAAGAAAUAUGUGAAUUCUGGCACAGUCACACUGCUUUCUUUUGCUGUGGAGUCAGAGUGCACAUUUCUUGACUACAUCAAAGGAGGGACCCAGAUCAACUUCACGGUGGCCAUCGAUUUCACAGCCUCCAAUGGGAACCCCUCGCAGUCCACGUCCCUGCACUACAUGAGCCCCUACCAGCUGAACGCCUACGCACUCGCACUGACCGCCGUCGGGGAGAUCAUCCAGCACUACGACAGCGACAAGAUGUUCCCCGCCCUUGGCUUCGGGGCCAAACUACCCCCUGACGGCAGGGUAUCCCAUGAGUUCCCGCUGAACGGCAACCAGGAGAACCCCUCAUGCUGUGGCAUCGAUGGCAUCCUGGAGGCCUACCACCACAGCCUGCGCACGGUGCAGCUCUACGGCCCCACCAACUUCGCCCCCGUGGUCACCCAUGUGGCCAGGAAUGCGGCCGAGGUGCAGGACGGCUCCCAGUACUCGGUGCUGCUCAUUAUCACGGAUGGGGUCAUUUCGGACAUGGCACAGACCAAGGAGGCUAUCGUCAAUGCUGCCAAACUGCCCAUGUCCAUCAUCAUCAUCGGCGUGGGCCAGGCAGAGUUUGAUGCCAUGGUGGAACUGGAUGGUGAUGACGUGCGGAUCUCCUCCCGGGGAAAGCUGGCCGAGCGGGACAUUGUCCAGUUUGUGCCCUUCAGGGACUAUGUGGACCGCACGGGCAACCACGUGCUGAGCAUGGCGCGUCUGGCCCGCGAUGUGCUGGCUGAGAUUCCCGACCAGCUGGUGUCCUACAUGAAGGCGCAGGGCAUCCGCCCUCGCUCCCCGCCCGAGGCCCCAGCGCGCUCGCCCCCGCAGUCCCCUGCCCGCACGCCCCCUGCUUCCCCACUGCACACACACAUCUGAGCCUGGUCUGCUCAGAUGGCUGGGGCUUAGGCCAGUAGAAAAGGAGGUGGGGUACCCAGAGCCAGCUACAGACCAUCCUGCCCAGCCUUUGGAACACGUGUGCCUGGGAGGCCCACAGGGGGUGGGACUUCUGGAGACUCCUUCCCAUACUGCCCAAGCCCCUAGAGUUUGGGGGCAUGGGUGGUGGAGGUGAGGAUCUGGGGCCCUGCUCUUCUCUCCUUUCAUUGACGCCUGGUUCUGGACCAGCCAGGAAGAUGUUAAUCAGGGUGAAUGGGGUCCCGCUCAGCCCACCUGAGCUAUAUUACCUUGGUAAUCCCAUCUGCUCCUAUAUCACCCUGAAGCCUGGGCUAAGCCUCCCACCUCCAGGCCCCCUUCUCCCUCCCCUCCUCCUGUGGUGUCUACUCCUAUACCUGGCCCCUGACCCCCACGCAGUAUCUAUCCUGUCCCAUUUCCAGUGAACCCUGUGAGGCUGCUGGGUUUGCAGGAAUACCUGAACAUUUGACCCCUCCUCGGGACCCUUGCAUAUGCAGUGGGAGUCCUACAGACCCAUGAAGGGGAUGCUGUGAUAGUGGAUGGAGGCCACAUGGUGGGCAAGGAAUGGAGGCUUUUCAGGCACAGAGUCGUUUCUGGUGCCUCUCAAGCCCAGUAUGACGCUGGUUCUAGACACACAGAUCCACAAGCCUCUCCCUGGUCUGGGCCCGUAGGUACCUCCGCAGUUGGCUCCUGGCUCCAGGAAUCCCCUUUUCUCCCCAGAGACUGCCCAGGGUCCUUGGGGCACCAUCCUCUGCUGCCCACCUGGAGGCCUGGGCAAGAAGCAGCCCAGCUCCAGCACUCCCACACUGCCCCUCUAUCCUAUGGGGAUAGGGUAUGGGAGUACUGUGUUCAAGUCCUGCCUCUAGCCCUUGCCAGCUGUGGGAACCUGAGCAAGGCCUUUCUACCUUCUGGGUCUCAGUUUCCACAUCUGUAAGGCAAGAGGGUUGACCAGAUGGCCCUGGGUUUACCUUCAGCUCUGAUACCCUGAGAGUCUACUUUCAUCCCACGCCCAGCUUCCCCCAUCCCACUCCUCACCAGUGCAACCCCUUAAGGCCAUCUUGGCUUUUAGGAUCACCCUGUUCCAUCCCAUCACCCAAAAUCCACCCUUGUCCUUCAGCCUUGGGCUCUGGCAUCUGACCCUGAGCCCUUGCCCCUGCUGUGGGAAAGGUUAGAAAGAUGAUCUCACCCCUGGGCCCACCCAGCUGCCCAGCCUUUACCCACAUGGUCAUGCAUGCCAGUCCCUCCUGCCGCAUGGGGCUCCUCAGCCCACUGAACCUCCCGUUCCUGGGUGGAGACCAGGCCCCACCCUGUCUGUUGCCAGACACUGUUUCCCUUCCUGUCAUGCAUGAUGAUGGUGUUUCUAUGCUGUCUGGUCCUGUGCCUGUCUCUAAGACAGUCUCUGUGUGGAAUUUGCCUUAAACUAAAGUAAAUUUGGUUCUUUUACUAAA